CAGAGAGGAUAUUUUAAUAUUCCAAUUUAACGGAGGCGUAACUCCCUCUCUCCAAGUCAGGGACUCAUGACGACUCAUUCACAAUUCCAACUCCUCCUCCUAGCGUGUUCUUGAGGAAACGAUCAUCUUCCUCCUCCUUUCAUUCCGCCCGAUCGAAAUCGAACCCUAAGAGAAUUUCAUUCUACGCCUUCUCUUCUACAUAUAUCCACGCAUCGUCUCGGAUAGAUUGUUUGAUUUUGUUUUCCCGUUUUACUUGUGAGAAGUUUUUUUGAGAUUUGCAGGAUAGGAAGAUGUUGGAAGAUCAAGUAGCUUACUUGUUACAACGGUACUGGGGGAACUACGUUAGGGGAUUGAGUAAGGAAGCCCUUAAGAUCAGUGUCUGGCAAGGAGAUGUGGAGCUGAAGAAUAUGCAACUAAAAACAGAAGCACUUAAUGCUUUGAAAUUACCUGUCAAGGUUAAAGCUGGAUUUCUUGGAUCUGUCAAACUCAAGGUACCAUGGAGCAGGCUUGGCCAGGAACCUGUAGUGGUUUAUCUUGACCGGAUUUAUGUAUUAGCCGAACCCGCAACUGAUGUUGAAAGGAUGUAGUGAGGAUUCUAUCCAGGAGAAAAAAAGAAAGCUAAUACU